CCAUUCGCAUCUCGGGCCUGGAGUCCAGCUGACAGUCUGCCCACAUUCCUGUCCAAGGAUUUACAGGGUCAUCUGGACAGCUGGAGCCGGAGAUGCUCUCUCCAGGGGCUGGUCUCCUCUUUCCUUGGGGGUAGAGGAAUGCGCCAGGAGGCUGUGCAUGACAUGCCUACAGCAAGAGCCCCAACCGCCAGCCCACAGGAUGACUUCCCUGCAGAAAGCUAACCUGCCACAGGGGCAGUGCAAGGAGGGUGUGAGAGCCUGGCUUCUCCCAUAGGAGUGGAGCAAGAAAAUGAAACCCAUCGUUCAAAGGAGGCGUUCCACUUCAGCCGCCAUCAGCAAAGCACUUAGUAAAUCCAAGUAUCAUUCCAGCAGGGAAAUUAUUUUGUCAUCCUCCCAUCAAGAUAAUGGAUUACCAGCUGGAGCCUUUAGUAACCCAGAUUCCAUCUUCAUCUUGGAUGAGCGUGUACAACUUACUCUGGGCUUACAAACCCAAGAGAGGCAUUUGUUCCUCUUCAGCAACAUGCUAAUCAUUGCCAAAUCCAAGUCCUCUUCUAGCUUGAAACUGAAGAAAAAGGUCCACCUGAGUGAAGUAUGGACAGGAUCUUGCCUUAGUGAAGUGUCAGAGAAGAAAAUGAGCCCAGACACAUCUUUUGUGAUUGGCUGGCCAACUAUAAAUUAUGUCAUCACUUUCAGCUCUUCUGAAGUGAAGGAAAGAUGGCUAUCCAUGCUGCUCUGGCACAUCUAUGAAAUGAAGCAGACUGAGUACCCCAAAACUCUGCCUAUGCAGAUUUUGGUGAUGGACAGAGAGAACAGCUCUUCUAACACCACACUAAGCAUCUCCAACAUGGAAACGGCUGACAGUGUUAUCAAAAAGGCCACAGAACAGCUGGGGGUUCCUGGUAGACCAAGUGACUAUCACCUCUGGGUAAUUUCAGGAAGGGACAAUCCUGCAUACCCUCUUAUUGGACACGAAUAUCCCUUCAGCAUUAUCCUUGGUUGCCUCCGAGGCUCCGUGGACCAGUUCCAAGGCACCAGCAAUGGCAUGCUGCUUCCCGAUGGAUAUGAACCUUCACUGCUGGACCAGCUCCCCAGGGACCGGCAGUGUCAGUUCCUCCUGAAGCCUGAACCGCAGGCUCCGGUGCAGUUGCGGAGAGCCCCCUUGCAGAAACAUUCCAAGAGGAAGAAGUCUUUGAUCGACUGGGCUCUUCGGCGAAGUGCCAGCACCCCAACUGGCAGUCCUGCGUCUCAGUCCCCAACCAGCCCACGAAAACUCUUUGGCCUGUCCUUGACAUCAGUUUGUCCUGAUGGAAGUCUCCCCAAGCCAAUCAUGGAUAUUUUGUAUCUGCUGUACCAUGAAGGUCCUUCCACCAGGGGCAUCUUCAGGCGCUCAGCCAAUGCCAAGAAUUGCAAGGAGCUGAAAGAGAAACUCAACUCAGGCAACGAUGUCCAAGUGGAUGGUGAAUCAGUCUUUGUGGCAGCAGCGAUCAUUACGGACUUUCUGCGAAAUAUACCUGACAGUGUUCUAUCCUCAGACAUGCACAAUCUAUGGAUGGAAGCCAUGGAUAAGGAGACCCGAGCACACAAGAUUGAAGCAGUCAAAAGUUUAGUGAAGCAGCUUCCAGAAGCCAACCUCCUUUUGCUCAAACACCUGUUUGGGGUCUUGCGUCAUAUUGAGCAGAAUGCCAUGGAGAAUCAAAUGAAUGCCUUCAACCUGGCUCUCUGCAUCGCCCCCAACAUGCUGUGGCUUCCCAGUCCCACUGGACCCGAGGAGGAGAGCAAAUCAACAAAGAAGGUGGCCAUGUUGGUGCAAUUCCUAAUUGAAAACUCAGCUGAAAUUUUUGGAGGGGACAUUGCUUCCCUGUUCCAAAGGCCAGAGAAGAAGAAGUCCCAAAGUGUCAAUGACUUGCUAGUUCAGCACAAUGAUUCCUCAGAUGAGAUGGAAUAUGCAACUUCUUACCAUGAAAGAGCCAAACAACAUUAUGGGCUUGAAGGAGACGAUGGCCUGUUCAGCCCAUCUGGAGGCCUGAUUCUCAGUGAGGAACAAGAAGACUGGGAUUUGUUCAGUGAGAUCACUGCUUGCUACCAGAAUAAAGCCAAGAAGAAUGCAAGUACUGACAGUUAUGACCUCCUAGAAGAAGAAGGCUCCUUCUGCUCCCUUGGCUCCAUCAGCUCACUCAGCCCUGCAAGGAACCGAUGUUCCUCCGAGCCCAGCGUUUGCCUGAGCUCUCAGUUUCCUGCCCAGGACCAUGAGCCAGUGGCUCGGCAAUCCAGCUGCGAUGCCACCAUCAUGCAUACCCACGGUGAUUAUAUCCACAGGCUCAAGCAGUUGCAGCUGGAGAGUCAGAAGCUUAUUGAUGAAGGUUUGAGCCCUGGUCUUAACAGAGCAAGGCAAAGCUUCUGGAGAUCACCUCUGUGCAGCAACGUGGCAAAGAUCAGCACUCAGAAAACAAGCCUGUCCAACCGGUCUAGCUUCUCCAGCCUGUCCUCUACUACCACUUCUCCCUCAGCUUCCUCAUUAAGCUCUCUAGACAGUGCAUUCUCCUACUGCUCUGAGUCCUCUGCCUUCAGCCCCAUGGAUGUCUCAACCCUACCCUUCAUGUUUGGUACUUCCACCAGGCUUCACGCUUUGUCCCCCAAAAUAUCUAAGAAGUCCUUGAAAGAAUGGCACAAGCCCUUUACUUCUCCUUUGCCCCUAGGCCCUUGCAAUAUGGACUUUUGCACUGAUAGGCAAGUGGAAGACAAAGAGAAAAACUGCAGCAGAGGUGAGGGGCAGGUUUUCAUGCCCCUUAGGGUGCCUGGAAAUCUGCUAAAUGAGAACAACUUGGACAAAGACCAGCAAGAGGCCCAACGCACUGAGACGUCCUCUCUGGUCAUUGAACGACACGGUUCUGAAGAGCCUGACUGCAGGCAUCACAUUCCUGAGUGUUCUGCUCCAGUGAACCAGUACGUUCAGAGGGAGAAAUCUGUGAAGUACAUAGAGGUCAAAUGUGCAGAAGCUACUCUUCACAGUCAAGAAAGUUUGAAGCGCACCAAAAUAACAGUGUACAUGGCCCCCAAAGAGAGAAGUCCAAGAGAUUCGCCAGUGGUGCAAGAGGAAGCAAUUGUAACUAUGAGCAACAAGGGUACCAACUCUGAUGGAAAACACAGUAGCAGUGAAGGCACUUCCAAGACCCUACAAACUGUAAGAGUUCAUAUACCCCAGACAGUGUUUUAUGGACAAAACACUCCUUUGGUACUCCAUUCCAUUUCAAGGAGAUACCACCAAGGAUUUGUGGGCCAGUCAUCACAGGAGAAGGCUCCACAAAGGGCUCCUCUGGCAGAAGACCCAGGGGAGCUGACUCAUCUGGAAGGGAACCCCAGCAAGGACGGCAGUGGUACUUUCCAUUUCUUUCUCCCAGCUUCCAUUCGCAACACAGUCCGGGAAUACUUCAGCCAGGACAACCCCAAAGACUAUGCCCUAGCAGGAGCAGAAAUGGUGGAGAAGGAACUGAUCCGGAGCAGGAUGGAGUGGCUUAGAAGCCAGUCGUGCCCCGGUGUCCCGGCUGAGGAACACAAUGGCUUAAUGUUCGCAGAGGAGACUUUUGUUUAAGGGCACCACGCCUGGCAGAAGACAGGGAGGGAGGGGUGGUUGGAAGCAUGAAGGUCUCCUGUAAAGUAGGUGAUGGGAAGAAUGUCACCAGCUGCCUCAGCUCGCACAUGUGCACAUGACCCUCGACCAGCAGGAGCUUUUUUCUAAACUAGUUUUUUUUUCCUGCCCUGUACAAAGAACAGGAGCUGUGUUCAUCUGAGGCAGCAUUUCCCUAGCAUGAUUUCCAGUGUAUUGUUUUUAGCUGAAGGGGUUGUGUUUUCCAGCUUUACAUCAUGGAGAGAUGGAAGGAAGGAAGGAAGGAAGGAAGGAAGGAAGGAAGGAAGGAAGGAAGGAAGGAAGGAAGGAGAAAAAAAUUACAAUUUUUUUUGUUGAGUUUGAUUCAAAAGUCACCAAAUAACCAAACCCAAUAAUUAAUUAAUAACUUCUCCCUUUUAAGGUGUUCAUAGUUUGUGUUGCUUUUUUUGAAAGCACGUUGAAAAAUGCCACAAAAGCGUUGGUAAUAGUUUGUUUCUUUGAUGCAUCACGUGGCAAUCCAGAAGUUUAGCUGCAACUCGAUUCUAUUUCUUCUUCCCAGUUUAUGCUUUCAUCCUCUGCCUUUGCUUGAAGUUUCAGCCUUGUCCCUGUGUGUGUGUCCAUGUGCACGUGUGAGUGACUUAUGUCUGGUUUUCUAGCAUUGGUAAAACCUGCCAGGAGCCCAUGAGAUGGAGAAAGGCAGACUCAAGAUGCAACACAAGUGUGGAUGACCCCAAACACACUGGGGGUAAGGAAAAUGUCAGGAAACACUUGUUUCAUCUGCAAUGGAGAUCUAUGAAAUAAUGUCAGAGAAUGGCAGUUUUACUGCCGUGCAUUAUGACCAGACCAUCAGAUUUCCCCACACCCUUCAAGAGUCAUGUUGUGAAAUUGCACCAUCCAUUAUUGUUCAUCCCAGCUUUUGUUAUAGGGCAUAUUCACUCCUCCUGCAGCCCUUGUGAAGGAAGAAGGGAAGUGCUGGUGUCAGCAGUUGACACAGUGGGAUUUUUGAGACUUUUGGAUUGUUUCAUUCAGUGAUGAGGAUGAAGAUGCAAGUCUUUAUCACAUCCUUGAAACUGAGAAUGUUUUAGUUUUGCAUAAUGUAGACUAGGGAUGGCUACAAGGAUGGAGUCAAAAAGUCAAGGUAUCAGCCACAGCUACGCAAUCAAAGCCCCAUUGCAAGCAAAAAUGGGGUGGGCUUUCAUCACACUGCUGUGGCCACCGUCUUGACUUUUUUGACCCCCUGGUGUGGAUAUAAUAGAGGAAAGUGACUGAGUAUGUGACAAGGUAAGAGGUCUGUUGGGCAACUAGGAUUGAUGUGGUCAAUUGGCUGUUUUCUAUUUGGGGAAGAUCUGCUAAACUAUCCCAGGAUAUGCCAGGUUAGCAAAAGUUCAUGAGGUCUGCAGUCCUUUCAAACACCAUUAAUGGUUAUACUUCAACUGCCCUUCUUCUGCAUUAUUUCCUAGGAAAUUGGGUUCUUCAUGAAACCGGUAGUAAGUUUCACACCGUAUUCUUUGGAUAAAUGUGUCAGAAUGCCCCUGGUUUGAGCCCUGUGCUUUUCUUCAUCGAGCGAUGUCUUGGCACGCUCAGCUACUCACAGAGAUUCCUUGGUCUCUGGUUGCUCAUUGCUCAAAGGGAGGAGAAUAAGGGGGAGACGCUUCUGAUUUCCUGCAGUGCUGGACACUUCACGCUGCUAUAAAGUACCUCCGAGCUCACCUUCCACCCACUGCUAUUUCCAGGUUAUUGCUCGCUUAAUUUGCACACAGCCCUCCCAACCGGGCGCCCUCCAGAGGUAUUGGAACCACAACUCUGGAACUCCAAAGGCAGGAAUUCUGGGAGGUGUGUCCCCAACACCUUUUUGGGGUGUGUCCCCAACACCUUAGCCCCGUUUACAGAAAGGUGACCAUGAUCUGAGGAAAGGAACAGAUGUCUCUGGUUAGUGCAAAAGUAGGGCAGGGCAAAAGAAAAGAAAAAGCUGUUAAGUUAGUAGGAUGAGAGAGUGAAAGCAGAGACUGCAGAAACAGAGAAAGGUGGAAAGGUUUUGGAGUAAGAUUUGCCUGGGAAUUAUUAAAGGCUGGGAUUUUUUUUUUAAAUCUAUCUAUCUAUCUAUCUAUCUAUCUAUCUAUCUAUCUAUCUAUCUAUCUAUCUAUCUAUCUAUCUAUCUAUCUAUCUACCUACCUACCUACCUACCUACCUACCUACCUACCUAUCAAGCAGGAGCAAACAAUUUCUGUCCUGCUGCCCAGAGAAAUGCAAGGCAGUGUCAAUGCAAAUGGCAGGAGUUGAGCUUGAUACACACACACACACACACACACACACACACACACAGUGAUGGAUUCUGUAGCAAAGGUAGCUGGACUAUGGCAAAAUCCUCAUUUUAUUUUUUUUAAUUUUGAAGGCAGUUUUAUUGCCCCUAAUAGGAAAGUUGUUGUGGACUGGUCUUAAAUAUCUUUCAUUGCAAGCCAGCUGGGGGUGUCCACGGGAUGGGGGUGUGCAAAAAAGUCAAGAUGGCAGCUGUGAUCAUCAAGUCAAAGCCUCGCUCCUUUUUUAUGUGUGUCACCCAUGUAGCACAUAUGAAAAAGCUUAGGGCUUUGAUUAUACAGUCGCAGCUGCCAUUUUGACUCUUUUUACGUCUUGUGAAUUCUUCUGAAGUUAGCAAUUUAGGUUAUGUGAAAAACUUCUUUUUUCUGAAAAGCUGAUUAAAAUCAAUUCCAUUUCUCCUAUUUGUUUUAAACUGGAAGAAAAACAAAUUAUCCCUGCCAAUCUAUUUUUAAUCAUUUGAUUCCUUCCUAAAUUGGUUGUUGCUAUGACGGGAAGACAAGUUAUAAACCAUCCACAGCCAUGUCUCUUGCACAUAAACUCCUUAAAGAGGCCAUCUUUCUUUCAUGACAUUUCUAAGCUAUUGUUGUAAAUAUUUAAAUAAAAGAAAUGUGGUUUUAUUUGUCAAAA